GUCUUUGCAUUUCUGUAUUGAUGCAGGUUGGAGAUGGCUGGACCCAGAUUUAUUUCCAACAGAACAUCCCACCACUCUUUACUAUCGAAUUCUGAUUAUACUUGGGAAUAUGAAUAUUAUGAAUAUGGGCCAGUUUCCUUUGAAGGCCUCAAGGCUCAUAAAUAUUCGAUUGUGAUUGGGUUUUGGGUUGGCCUUGUUGUCUUCGUCAUUUUUAUGUUCUUUGUACUGACCUUGCUGACCAAGGCGGGAGCACCACACCAAGACACUGCAGACUCUUCUGAGAAAAGGCUCUGCAUGAACAACUUUGUGGCAGACUUUGGAAGGCCUCUCGAUUCUGAUAGGAUCAUUUCUCAGCAGGCUGCUGAGGAAUCCAGGCUGCUUUUUCACUGCUACAUCAAUGAAUAUGAGAACAUGGACAGGGCAAAGCAAUGCCAGAGAGUGCCAGUUAUGGACAGUAACAUCCAUUUUCAGGAAGUAAUUGAAAGCAACGAGAGACUGGAGGAGCAGCUGAAUAGCCAUGCAAAAUUCAACAUCCCCAACUUUGUGAACACUGACCAGAAUUCUUCCCUGGGUGAAGACGACCUACUGAUUUCAGAGCCGCCUAUUAUUUUAGAGAGCAAACACUGAGUCCAGCCUCCCACCAGAUUACUGACUGAAGAAUAUUGAGCAAGGUAUUUCUUACAUUAAAACAGAACACAUUUCUCCUUUACUUUCUAUCCUAUCUUUCAUUGGUGAGUACAGGACUACAGUUGAAUACUCUCUGGUAACCAGCAUGGGAUAGUUCUAUGUAGUCUUUUUAAGUGUUUGAUGAAGCCAGAGCUUUUUACACUGCUUAUCGUUUUAUUUCAUUUUAUUUCCAGAAGUACAGCAGAGCUGUUUAAUAAGGAAGUUAUCCAUGCUGGAAUAUGAUGGGAUGUGAGAGUUGUUGGAUUGUGUACAUGUGAAGCCCCUGAGUGCGUUUGAAAGUCACAAAACUCUUAAGCCUUGCAUUUAAGCAGGCUAAGA